AUAUCAUAUAUAUUUGUUACUUAAAUGCAAAAUUUAAUUGAAACUUCCUUUGAUAAAAUUCAUACGAAAUUUGAUCGAUUUAGCUAGAAACAUCGUUUCAUGUAUGACUCGAUAUUACUAGAGAAAGAAAACGUCUACGACAUACGACAUCGAAAUGUUGGUGAAAUGCACCAUUAUUCUUUUGGUUUUAACGUCAGUAGUGAUGUCACUAGACCUGCAAGAAAUCGACAAGGAAUGGAAUAGUUUCAAAGCAAACUAUAACCGAUCCUACCGCACAAGGGCAGAAGAACACUACAGAUUUUCGGUUUUUACUCAAAAUUUCAAGACAAUUUACUUCCACAAUAAGGCGGCGGAUCUCGGAGACUACACGUACUGGUUGGGAGUAAACAAAUUUGCUGAUAUGACAUCAGAAGAGUUCAAGAGGAGCUAUGCCAAUCUCAAGUUAGAUUCAAGUCAUAUCCAAACUAAUACCAGUCAUAAACGAAGAGCAAAGAGUUGGGAUAAUGUAUACCCAUUACCUGAAGAAGUUGACUGGAGAGAUAAAGACUGCGUCACAGAAGUAAAAGAUCAGGGGAAAUGUUGUAGUUGCUAUGCGUUUGCAGCAGUCGGGGCAUUAGAAAGUCAUAAAUGUCUGAAAAUCAACAAAGAUCUGGAGCCGUUGUCAGUACAAAAUAUUAUAGACUGUAGUAAAGCAGAAGGUAACCAUGGUUGUGACAAUGGUAAUCCAUUGUUUGCUUUAAAAUAUACAUUGGAGAAGGGACUUGACACAGAAGCUUCUUAUCCCUAUAGAGGGAAGGUCGGUGAAUGUAUUCAAUCUCAAGGGGAGCUUGGUUGCUGGGUGCAAGACAUCGAGAUGAUAUGGAAGCAUGGAAAUGUUGAAAAUCUGAAGGAGGCUGUUGCUAUAGAAGGUCCUGUAGUCGUAUCCAUCGACACAGACGAUGACGCAGACACAUUUCGACUGUAUAGUAAUGGCGUUUAUAACAACCCUAAAUGUAAGAAUGAAAUAAUAGAUCUUGACCACGCCUUACUGUUGGUAGGAUAUGGAAUUACGGAUGAAGGUCAACCGUACUGGCUCUUGAAAAACAGUUACGGUGUCACCUGGGGGGAAGAAGGUUACUUGAGAUUGAUACGGAAGGAAGACGAGAACACAUGUGGAAUAGCAACUUCUGCAAUGUACCCAACCUUACAAAAAAUACCGCAGUAAAGUUGUUUGAAUGAUAAACAUGACAAGAAAAAAGGACUAUACUAGUCGGGAAUAUUGCUGUCUUUAUACUUUUGCUUUAGUGUACUUGCCUGAAUGCUUUCUUUUAUUUGUGUUUACAUGUAUUUAUUUAUUUUAUCUCAUUGCUAAAUAUCUUGAAAUUUGUUUGACAGUGAUCAAAUUACGAUUUUAAAAUAGUGUAUCUUUUAUUUCGUUAAAUAUAUAAUGGAUAUUUUUUGUUUGUGUGUAAGAUGAAAUUUUAUUUCAUCGAGUGGGCUUUAAAAACACUAUUCUCACGAGUGGCGUUAUCACGAGAUGAAAUAAAAUUACAUCUUACAGAACAAACAAACAAAUUUUAUUCUUAUUUUAAGCUAAAAAACAAGGUUAAACGAAAUUUCCUUAAUAUUAACUUUAAUAUUAAAAUCUGUUUUCCCACUGGUAGCCUCUAUUCUCUAUUAGUCGAACUUCUCAUAAAACACAAGAAGUCUUGGGCUGAAAAAUAAAAUUCGAUAAUCAACGCCAAAUGACGGUGAUAUUAUUUAUUUAUUCAAAAAAUAUGAAGUCACGCCAUCCGACCUUAUUUCCGUUACUUUCUGCGAAUUUAUAUUAGACCUGGCUUUGUGAAAUGUAAGCGGCCCCCAUUUUUAAAAGUUGUAUAUUUCGAGGGAGGAAAAUUAUUGUGUUGGAUUCAGAGGGAUAUCAUUUGGAUUUGUAGUCAUAUAUCUUUUUAGAAGAAAGAAAACUUAUUUGAGGAUUGUUACAGACAAUAAAAAAGUCUUGACAGAUGUGUAAACAUUCAAAACGCGGUUAGGAAAUUGGAAAUGAAAGGCUGCCAUACGAACGCUGGGUUGUUUACUUAUUCUCCAGGCUGAUGGCUGCCAUUGCGUUUCAAGUUUUGAUAUUGCAUUAGGUAGUUAUUGCUCGUAGAAUACUUAAAUAUGCCCAAAUGUCAUCAAGAGCAGUUUUGCAUGUGGAAGGAAUUGUAUUUUUCAGACUGUAAAAAUGAAACAAAAUAUUUAGAGACGAUAUUUGGUGAUUGGUACUUUGAAUGAAUUGAAGUAAGUUUUCUUCUUUUUAUUACUUUUGAAAUUCAAGUUAUUUAUCAAGUUUAGCUUUGCGUUUCUCUUAACAGCCCUGACAAUGUUGUCAGCAAAAAAAAUUGAGGUACCACAUGGGGGAAAACUUUUAAAAGUAGUGAAAUUAUAUUUUGAUACUUUUCACUGUGAAAUUAUCAAAUAUAAUUUUCACGGAUAAAUCAGUAAUCCACUGAAAAGCAUAAAAUAAAAUUAAUUUAUUCAUUCUUGGUAGAUACGAUUGCAAAAUUGAACUGGAAUCUAUGAACAUCGUAUAUAUUCAGAAGUCCUAUACCAGUUAAAAAACGUGACCUACAUGUAUACUGGUUAGACACAGUGGCCUGCUGUUAUUACAUAUUUUGCUAUGUACAAAUUUGAUUGUUACAGUCAAUCAUUGUGUCAAAUAUAUAUCAUUUAGACACGGUGAGAUAUAGAAGUUAGACACUGUGGCAGUUAAGGAACUUGACAUAUACCAUGUAGUAGUUAUAUAAACAUUGUGCCAUACUGUACCAGUUAGACACUGUCAUUAUCGGAUGAAUAUCGUGCUAUGACGAUCCAACAUUUCCUGUUAACCAAUAGUCACGUGAUAUUGUCACGUGAGGUUCGACGAUUUUUGUCAUAAUCAUUUUAAUAUUAAAAUAAAAUGGGACUCACGGAUUUUCAUGGAAAUGGCCGAUUCUUUUCAGAAUCUAGUACAAAAAUCAACAAAACUAUGAAAUUCAAUGUCGCGACAAUCUCUAGUAUCUACAUACAUUUAGAAACAGGUAAAUGUUAAUUGAUUGGUUCAUAGAUUUUAAAACUUAACAUUGAUAUCUUUGUCUGUGGUAUAAAUGUUUUCUUCAUAAGUUC